AUGGCUGGUCGACGGCCAAUUGAUAAGCUGCCAAACGUGGUCAACGACGUGGUAAUCACCACAGCCAAAACCUUUAAAGCUGCAAGGCAAGAUGGCAAGGGCAACCCCGCCGCGGCUGCUGUUGCCAUGGAGGCGCGGGUUCCCGCCUCGGUUGAGCAGUUCAAUGCCAUCUUGGACGACAUCGAGUCCGAAAUCCUCCUAUCUAAAGCGGUGAUCGAACGGGAUCUCAGACUCCUGAGAGCGAAACGCCAGCCGCCACCCCCGGAACCGAAGCCGGUUGCCCCCACUGCACCAAUGGUUAUCGACCUAGAGUCCCCAAAGAUGACGCCAAAGCCGUCUUUUGCGGGCUUGCCAGGACCUUCCCUACCUAGGAAGCAGGCCAGCAAACCGGUUGCCCCGUUUCCGAAUAUGGGGUUUGAUGGAGCAUCACCCGAGGUGGCCGCAGCACCCAACCCGAAGUCCGUCGCCAAAUCCAAGGAUGUCAAGAACCAGGCCAGACCGGCCGGGGCGGCAGGCCCGGUCGCCAGACCUGCCAGCGUUCCACAAAAGAAGGACGUCAAGGUCCCCUCACCACACUUACACCGGCCAGGCGGCGUGGCGACGGCCCCUCAAACGCCUAUCAACCCACCAGCACAGCCCAAAUCGUCGUUUGUUGCCACGGCGGCAGCAAACAGGCAGGCGUCUACCCUGGGCCCCAGCAACGCUCCGGGCUCCAGCGCUGCCACGCCACCGGCCCCGGUCACCGGAAACGGGAAUCUGUUCAUAGACAUGACGUUCUCUGUGGCGCCCGCCUCUGGUGAUGCACACGUUCAAAACCAGGUCCCGCAACCGCAAAGAACAACACCGCAGCAGCAAUUACCCCCUUCAGGAUCCGGUGUUGCCAACACCGCAGCCGGGGAUGCCCCGGGCCCUCAGAUGGACCAAUUCAAAGGAGGCCCGGCAGAUGUGGCCAACAUGGACGUUGGGAUUCAAGAUAUCAAGACUGAGGAUGCUAACAACAUUACCAACGUUGAUGAGAAGAUUGACGGGCUCUUCGAUUUGGGGUCCGCCGAUCUCGACGACAACAUUGAUCUUGAAUAUGACCUCGGCAACGGGGACAACAGUAAUUUCAACGACAUGUACUUCCCCACAGGCGACAACAGUAAUGGGGCCGGGGAAUUUGAUGACGCUUUUUUCAAUCUCAAUGGAUGA